AAUGAGUAGUGAUAGAGUAGUAGUUAGUAUAGCGUAAAAGAAAAUAAAAGAAUGAUUCUAGCCGUCUUCCUCACUCCAAAAUAAACCCUAACCAGUAACGUCUCUGUAACGUCUAUCUCUCUCUCCACUCUCUCUCUCUCUCUACCACACUCGCAGACCGUACCGACAUAAGUCAGAGCUGCUGUUUCUUGUUGAUCGCAUUGAAAUCUGCAGCUUUCGAUUCACGGAUGGCGGAAGAGGCGGCGCCCGAGAGGAACUGCGGUGAUCGGAGCGAGACGAGCGACUACACGUCGGAGGAUGAGGGGACGGAGGACUACAGGCGCGGCGGAUAUCACGCCGUGCGGAUCGGCGAUACAUUCAAGCAUGGAAGAUAUGUUGUUCAGAGCAAGCUCGGCUGGGGCCAUUUCUCCACCGUCUGGCUAGCUUGGGACAUUCAGAAAUCUAUAUAUGUAGCCCUGAAGGUUCAAAAGAGCGCACAACACUACACUGAAGCAGCAAUGGAUGAGAUCACUAUUUUAAAACAGAUAGCUGAGGGCGAUCCAGAAGAUAAAAAAUGUGUCGUGAAACUUUUGGAUCACUUUAAGCAUUCAGGGCCAAAUGGUCAGCAUGUAUGUAUGGUCUUUGAAUACUUGGGAGACAAUCUUCUAACCUUAAUUAAGUAUUCAGACUACAGAGGUCUUCCCCUUAACAAGGUUAAAGAAAUUUGUUUCCACAUUUUAGUGGGAUUGGAUUAUCUGCAUCGUAAAUUAUCAAUCAUACACACAGAUUUGAAACCAGAGAACAUAUUGCUUCUGUCCGUGAUAGACCCGUCUAAAGAUCCUACGAAAUCGGGGGCACCUCUCAUCCUCCCUACCAGUAAGGGCAAGAUUGCAUUCGAGUCUCAGGCUUCAAAAGAUGUUAAGGGCUCAUGCAGUGACUUUUCUAAAAACCAGAAAAAGAAAAUCCGGAGAAAGGCUAACCCAACAGCGAGGAGAUGUGCUGGGAAUGAAGUUUCUGAGGAAGCUGAGCCAGAUAAUGAGGCAAGUGGGCCUGAAGAUGACAAAUCCGGAGAGGAGCUAUGUAUAUCUUCAGUUCCUGAAGCAGCAAACAAUGAUGAAACUAGUAAUGUGUAUGUUGGGGCUAACGAUAAUAAGAGGGGUAGCCAGUCUGCAAGGCAGAAGCUCUUGGCUGAGGUUGAUCUAAAGUGCAAAUUGGUUGAUUUUGGAAGUGCCUGUUGGAUUCACAAACAAUUCACAAGUGAUAUUCAGACAAGGCAGUACAGAUGUCCGGAGGUUAUUUUGGGUUCUAAGUACUCAACAUCAGCUGAUAUGUGGUCAUUUGCUUGCAUAUGCUUUGAGCUGGCCACCGGCGAUGUUCUUUUUGACCCACAUAGCGGUGAAAACUUUGAUCGUGAUGAGGAUCAUUUGGCCCUGAUGAUGGAACUUCUUGGAAUGAUGCCACGCAAGGUUGCCUUGGGCGGACGUUACUCUCGAGACUUCUUUAAUAGAUUUGGAGAUUUGAGACAUAUUAGAAGAUUGAGAGUUUGGCCUCUCGUGAAGGUGCUUUUGGAGAAAUACGAGUUCUGUGAACAAGAUGCUAGCGAGAUGGCAGAUUUCCUUAUUCAGAUACUAGAUUUCGUGCCUGAGAAAAGGCUGACAGCCGCCCAAUGUCUUAAUCAUCCAUGGAUAAGUGGAGGCCCUCGCCAACUAUCCCCUUCAAUCUCUCAACCCAAGGAAGUAGAAAAUGGUAUUGCUGAUAAGAAAAAGGACAAGGAUGAGAGGGAGACAAUGGAGGUUAGAGUGGGAAAUAUGGCUAUUGAUGGAGCAGCAUCAAGACCUAGCAAAGAUUCUAUAUCUUUAUCAAGCCCUAUAAACAAUCAUCGAUCAUGAUCUGGUAUCGUAUUCAACUACUGAUUUACCUUGACCCCUGCAUGAAGCUUGCUUGAACGUCCGUUAUCUUGUGCCCUCUCUAAUUAUGUGGACGGGUGUUGUUUGCACCAGCGGUCGAGUUCAAGUGGGAGAAACUAAUGGGAAAGCAAAUUUAACACGUUGCAGCGCUUAAUAUACUAGCCAGGAGCACGAGCUUUUGCUGCUUGUCCUUGGUAUGAGUAUUGGAUUACUUCCAUAUCACAUGAUGGCCUUAUCUGUACAUUUUAUUGGUUCGCUUUUGUUCUUCGUUCCUUUACCAACUGUGAUUUAUUAGCUAUUAGAAUCUUAAUUUCUCUGCCGCUGCAAGACAAAUCUUUGGCUAACCGUUGUUGAUAUCUCUGCAUGUUUCCUACGUCUUAAACCAGAUGCCCUCUGUGUGUGUAUGUGUGUGUGUGUGCAUAAGCUGGGUUUUGGCUAUGCAAAGGAGAGGAGAUGAAGUGGUUAGCUAGAGGAUCAUGCUGUCUGAGAAGAGUUGUGCACCUGAAAUUGUCUCUUGUUAUUAAUUGUAAGGAAUUGAGCUCUCAUAUUCUUAGGUGAUUUUCAACAGAAAUUGUAAUAGUGAAAUUGUUUCUAUAAGAGUUAUGAAUCAAAAUAAAUUAACCCCUUGUUGAGUUUUCA